AAAGAGGAGCCCAUGGAGGCUGAGUCUGAAGCGAUAAAGUAGUUUUGGAGGAAGUGCUAUUCCCCAGGAAAAAAUCAAGACUUGAGACUCCUGCCUGGGUGCAACUUCUUAUGUGGGGGCCUGGCGGUGUCAAAACUUUGAAGAUUAAUGGAUGACUUUGUUAAUGACUCACGGCGUCAGAUUGAGGUGCUUAAAUGAUUUGUGAGGUGCAAAGCGCUUUCCUGACAGUCCCAAACAAUGAGGGGAAAGUGCGCGGGCGGAGGCGAGGCGGCAGCGGGCUGCAGGACGGGCGCACACACACGGGGACACACGGACACACGCACACACCCCCGCAGCCGCCGCACCAACGCACCCCCGCGCCCUCCCCCCCCGCCCCGAUCAUUUCAGAUUAGGACGCCGAGGGGAUAGAUGCGGGAGAUAUCGUUUCCCUCUUCAAAAAAAGUGUAAAUAAAGCCUUUCUGGCCCCCAAUGAGGCGUUCCUUCCCGACUUUUUUGGAUCAAUCAAACAGACAGUGGCUUCUUUUGAUUAAAGCCCAAAUUGUCAUUGGGCAGAGGCAAUCAUGUGACAGCCAAUUCGGUCCAAUUUCAACCUUGUCUCCAUGAAUUCAAUAGUUUAAUAGUAGCACGGUCCCCAUACGGCCGUAAUCAGUGAAUUAGAAAAAAAACACCCCACCAGCGAUCUUCUAUGAUAUAUUUUUUUCUCCUCUCUCUCCUUUUUCCUGGGCCUUCCCCCCCCGAGCCCCCGGCAUCCGAGGGAACUUUUUCUCCGCGGGGGCUGCGAGUUGAAGGCCAUGAAUUUCGAAUUCGAGCGAGAGAUCGGUUUUAUCAAUAGUCAGCCAUCGCUUGCUGAGUGCCUGACAUCUUUUCCCCCUGUCGGUGAUACAUUUCAAAGUUCAUCAAUCAAGAACUCGACGCUUUCACACUCGACACUGAUUCCUCCUCCUUUCGAGCAGACCAUCCCCAGCCUGAACCCCGGCGGCCACCCUCGCCACAGCGGCGGCGGCCGCCCCAAGGCGAGCCCCCGCGCCCGCAGCGGCAGCCCGGGCCCCGCCGGCGCCCCGCCGCCCCCGGAGUACCCCUGGAUGAAAGAGAAAAAGGCGUCCAAGCGAUCCGCGCUGCCGCCUGCCUCGGCCUCCGCCUCAGCCGCCGGACCCGCCUGCCUCAGCCACAAAGACCCCCUUGAAAUCCCCGAUAGUGGCAGCGGUGGAUCUAGGCGGCUGAGGACGGCCUACACCAACACGCAGCUCUUGGAGCUGGAGAAAGAAUUCCACUUCAACAAGUACCUCUGCAGACCCCGCCGGGUCGAGAUCGCAGCGCUGCUGGAUCUGACCGAGAGGCAAGUGAAGGUCUGGUUCCAGAACCGCAGGAUGAAGCACAAGAGGCAGACCCAGUGCAAGGAGAACCAGAACGGCGAGGGGAAAUUUAAGGGCUUGGAGGACCCCGAGAAGGCGGCGGAGGACGACGAGGAGGAGAAAGCCCUCUUCGAGCAAGCCCUCGGCAACGUCUCGGGAGCGCUGCUGGAGAGGGAGGGGUACGCGUUUCAGCAGAAUGCGCUCUCGCAGCAGCAGGCGCAGAAUGCGCACAAUGGCGAGUCCCAAAGUUUCCCCGUUUCGCCUUUAACGAGCAAUGAGAAAAAUCUGAAACAUUUUCAACACCAGUCACCCACUGUUCAAAACUGCCUCUCAACAAUGGCCCAGAACUGCGCAGCUGGCCUCAACAAUGACAGUCCUGAGGCCCUCGAGGUCCCCUCUUUACAGGACUUUAACGUUUUCUCCACAGAUUCCUGCCUCCAGCUUUCAGACGCGGUUUCCCCCAGUUUGCCGGGCUCUCUGGACAGCCCCGUAGAUAUCUCCGCUGACAGCUUUGACUUUUUUACAGACACGCUCACCACGAUUGACUUGCAGCAUCUGAAUUACUGAGAAAUUAAAGACGUCCUCUCCCAGGGUCCUGCCUUCUCCUCCUCAUUCCUCCCCUUUAUUUUUUUUUUUUUUUGCCGGCGAAUUAAUUUUAUUUCCUCCCCCUCCUCCCUGUCGGUAUGUUCUGUUUGUCCCCUCCCUUCGCCGUGACAUUUUACCGAUUCUGACCAAGUUUUAGUUGUCUUCGGUUUUAACCUAGCCACGUUCUAGGUCCUUUGACGAAAGCAAUAUAUGAGGUCUGAAAGAAAGUGAUCAUAUAGGGAUCGUAUCGUCACUUUCUUUUUAUUUUUGUAUUGCAUUAGGAUGCGUUGUCAUAAGUAUUUUUGGUAGAAUAAAUUCUUGUUUGCUACAA